AUGUUCUGCCAAAUUGCCGUCGUUGCACUCGCGCUGCUCCCCUUCUCCCUCGCCCAGGUCUCUGACGGUUUCGAAAAUGGUUGGGACCAGACAGCCUGGCCUACAUAUGCAGCCGACUGCAAUCAGGGUGGCAAAGUCAGCCUUGACAGCUCCACUGCCCAUAGCGGUAAAAACUCCAUGAGGGUCGAUGGUGCAGGUGGCUACUGUGGGCACAUUUUCUUUGGGACGACCAAAGUUCCCAGUGGCGACGUCUACGUCAGGGCUUUUGUCAAGGCCUCCAAGGCUCUCACGGACUCUCAUGUUUCCUUCAUCACGAUGCCCGACUCUGCUCAAGGUAGCAAGAAGCACCUUCGCAUUGGCGGACAGAGCAAAAUCCUGAUGUAUAACCGCGAAUCCGAUGAUGCCACACUUCCUGAUCUCUCACCUCAAGGCAUUGCUGCAUCCGCCGCCCUCCCCACCGGAAGCUGGCAGUGCUUUGAGUAUCACUUGGGCACCGACGGCACUGUUGAGACCUGGUUGAAUGGUAACGCUGUCGCUGGGCUUACAAGCAAACCAGGUGUAGCUAAUAGCAACGCCGCCCAGUGGCAGAGGAGCACCAUCAAACCCAAGAUCACCGGUGUGUACUUUGGAUGGGAGUCUUACGGCGGGGAUACGAACACCUUUUGGUACGAUGACAUUGUUAUCGGUUCCAGCCGUGUGGGUUGCUCCAAUGCGUCUGCUCUAUCUUGA